AACAAAGAUCCGUACUUCUAGCUAAAGCAAAUUUCUGGUAGCCAGAAACGACAAGAAAGAGGGAGAGAGGGAAAAGAAAGGGCGCGAAGGGAAAAUCCAAACAAGAAUUAAAGGAUGCUUCAAGCGGGAAGGCUUCUAAGGCAAUGGCCGAUGGCGGUUCAUCACCAUUACUGCUUUUCUGUUGCAUUUCAUCAUCUCCCUCGGUCGCCGUCGCUUCCGCUGACCACGAAAACCACUGUCCAUCGCUUCUCAUCGACCAGAGUGCAUUACGCCCAACGCAAUGUCACUUACCGGUCACGCGGACUCCGAUUGCGGAACUCGCCGACACCGUCCGAUCUUCAAGACGAGAACAGCAGCGACUCGGAAUCCGACGGCAAUAAGAGGAGCCGCAACCAGUUGAAGCGCGAGGCUCGCCGCGCCGUCCGUUGGGGCAUGGACCUCGCGUCCUUCUCGACUCCUCAAAUCAUGCGCAUUCUCAGUGUGGCUUCUCUUGAAAAAGAGGUGUUAGAUGCGCUAAAUCUAGUGAAGAAAUUAGGCCCCGAUGUCCGAGAAGGAAAGCGAAGGCAGUUCAAUUAUAUUGGAAAACUAUUGCGUGAUGUGGAACCGGAGUUGAUGGAUACAUUAAUUCGGGCUACAAAAGAUGGCGACCACAGUAAGCUGCAGGCUUUAUCUGGUUCAAAGACAAUAACAUUUGGAGAUAGUGAUGAAGAAUACGAUGAAUCUGAUAGUGAGGAUGAAGAGGAGGGCUCUCACAUUGAUAUCGCGACCAGAUGGUUGGAUGGUUUAAUCAGUAAGGACAUGGAGAUCACAAAUGAGGUUUAUUCCGUUUGUGAUGUCGAGUUUGAUCGUCAGGAGUUGCGUAAACUUGUUAGAAGAGUUCACUCAGCUGAAGAGAAACACGAGAACGCUGUUGAGGAAAAUAAGGUAGAAAUAGAUGCAGCAAUUGUGGGCGCCACGAAGUCUCUAACCCGUUUCCUCCGUGCAAUGGCAAAGCAAAUGCCCAGUGCCUAAUGCGUGAAUCUGAAUGGGUAUUCUUUGUGACACUAACGGCAUGUUUACUUACGUAUAAUCGGAAUGACCAUGUAGUGGAUAGAUUUCGGAGUAAAG